UCUAUGGUCGUUGUUUACGUCAGUGCAAACUAAUAAUUGCAAUUACCUAAAAAAUCUAUAAAUUUCAAUAAAAAUGGAAAAGAACACGAAUAUAAUUCGUGAAAACAACUUCUAAUGAUUAUUUUUCGUUAAUUCUGUGUUUAAACUUUCAUUUUAGUUGACUUAAGUAACUUAACCUAAAAGUGAUAUUUUGUGUGAUUAUCCCGUGGGAUCAUGGCUUUGCAACUAUCUAGAAGGGAGGUUGAGGACCUUAGAUCGUCCCUCGACCGCGCCAUAUACAGGACUAUCGGGAAAACCGAUAGUUCCUUGCUAUCCACCGUAUCAUCGUGUCUGACAAGCGGAUAUGAACGAAGAAAAAUCAUAGACAAAAUAUCAGCUCACAUAGACUCGAAAAAGGCUAGCAAGCUUGCAGACAAAGCUAUAGCGCUAGCCCAAGAGUUAAUAUCCAGCUCAAAGUCUCAGAAACGCAAACACGAGUCCGGAGACCGGGAUAAGGAGGUCAAGCGGUCACGGCACGAUGAGAAAGAUGAUAAGGAACGGGAGGAGAAGAAGAAUGGAGUGGAGGGGGCUACGGUGGUGCCGGACGGAGAGACGGUCGGGUCUAAGAUGGCUGUUUUGAGUGCGGAUAGGAUUAAGUUAAUGAUGGCCAACGCUCAAAAAGAGAUAGAAGAACGCAAGCGAGCCCUCCUGGCCAUGAAGGGAGGGGACUCCAAGAGCGGGGUGAGCGCCGCCGCGGCGACCGCGCAGCAACUCAAGCUGCAGGUCCAGCAGAACAGCGUCAUACCACCCCCCAGUGUCAUCAAACCUGUGCUAUACUCUAAGCCUGUUGGGAACACCAUGAGCCAGGAGGAGCUGGAGAAGCAGAGGAAGAUAGCUGAACUACAAGCUAGGAUACAAAGGAAAUUAGCUGGCGGGGCCCUGUCGGCGGGCGCGGGCGGGGGCCCGGCGCCCCUGAUCCUGGACCGCGAGGGCCGCACCGUGGACACCAGCGGCAAGCGCGUGCAGCUCACACACGUCGCGCCCACGCUCAAGGCCAACAUCCGCGCGAAGCGUCGCGAGGAGUUCCGCGCGCAGCUGUCGGGCGCGGCCAGCGUGGAGGCGGGCGCCGCCGCCGCCGCGUGGCAGGACGAGCGCCUCGCCAGCAGGCCCGCCCUCAGGGGCAAGAGGCCGCUGCGCUUCCACGAGCCAGGGAAGUUCACGCAGAUGGGGGACCGGCUCCGGAUGAAGGCCCAGCUGGAGAAGCUGCAGAACGAGAUAUCGCAGAUCGCGCGCAAGACCGGCAUCUCGUCAGCCACCAAGCUGGCGCUGCUGGCCGCCGACACGCCCGACUCCGACAGGGUGCCCGAUAUAGAGUGGUGGGACAGCGUCAUACUAAUGACACCGGAAGAACGGCAAUCCAAACGUCCCCCUGCCCCCGUAGCCCCGACCGACACGACAGCCCCGACCGACACGACGGCCCCGUCCGACACGCCCGGCCCCUCCGACAGUCGCACGCACGCGCAACGAGUUGAAGCUUGCAACACCGGCGUUGAUGACAUCGUCGAGAACCUGAACGAAGCCGCCAUUACCAACUUAGUCGAACACCCGCAGCAGUUGCGGCCGCCAA